UGAAAAUGGGCGGUGAUUGGUGAAAAUGCGUAGUCUGCCCAUGAGUUUUGAGCGCGCAGUUUAGUGCGACAGCAUUUCGUUUUCACCUGAUCCGACGUGGCGUGUAUUUUCCAGAGCCAUAGUGUAUGUGCAGAGCAGUAGCCUACUAUUACCUCAAUGCCCAUACAGACGAGAGAGCGAAAGGGCCGAGCAGGGGAUCACACAUGCCAAUAAGUAACGGUGUCUCCAGUGGAUACUUUGAUACGAUGAGGAUCCGAACACGCAAGUUUUCCUCCUGACAGCCGCGUCCUCUGCUUCUCCGUCGAGUUGGUUUGGAGUAAAUCACAACCGGGAAGCAACAGGAGAAGACAAGUCUUGCAAUUCCUCAUCCAUUCUCAGUUGAGACUGUGAUGCUGUUGCAGCAAUGUCACAGCUGUAUUACCGAAAACCGGACAACUCCUCGUACAGGGACCGCAUCCCUCUGCGGAUCGUGCGGGCUGAGUCUGAGCUCUCUGCCCUGGAGAAGGCCUACCUGGGGGCUGUUGAGAAGGGGGACUAUGCCAGUGUGAAACAAGCCCUGGUGGAGGCUGAGAUCUACUUCAGGAUCAACAUCAACUGCAUUGACCCCCUGGGGCGCACAGCGCUGCUCAUUGCCAUAGACAAUGAGAACCUGGAGAUCAUUGACCUGCUGCUCAGCUAUAAUGUAUAUGUAGGGGAUGCCCUGCUGCAUGCCAUCCGGAAAGGAGUGGUGGGGGCCGUGGAGCUGCUGCUUAACCACAAGAAGCCCCGUGGGGAAAAACAGGUCCCACCAAUUCUACUCGACAGACAGUUUUCAGACUUCACCCCAGACAUCACUCCAAUCAUCCUUGCAGCCCACACCAACAACUAUGAGAUCAUCAAACUGCUCGUGCAGCGAGGUGUUUCCGUACCUCAGCCACAUGCUGUGCGCUGCAACUGCGUGGAGUGCGUGUCCAGUUCAGACGUGGACAGCCUACGCCACUCGCGCUCUCGCCUUAACAUCUACAAGGCCCUUGCCAGCCCGUCCCUGAUCGCCCUGUCCAGCGAGGAUCCUUUCCUCACGGCCUUUCAGCUCAGCUGGGAGCUGAAGGAGCUCAGCAGAGUAGAGAACGAGUUCAAGUCAGAGUAUGAGGAGCUGUCCCAUAUGUGUAAACAAUUUGCCAAGGACCUCUUGGACCAGACCCGAAGCUCUAAAGAGUUGGAAAUAAUACUCAACUACCGUGAUGACAUGAACCCUCUGCUGGAUGAGACCACUAAUGAUCUGGCCCGACUGAAGCUGGCUAUCAAAUUUUGCCAGAAAGAGUUUGUUGCUCAGCCCAACUGUCAGCAGCUGCUGGCGUCUCGGUGGUAUGAUGAGUUUCCAGGCUGGAGGAGGCGUCACUGGGCAGGAAAACUCAUCACAUGUAUCUUCAUUGGCCUUCUCUUCCCACUGUUAUCCAUCUUAUACCUGAUCUCUCCAAAGAGCCGCUAUGGCUUAUUCAUCCGUAAGCCCUUCAUCAAGUUCAUCUGUCACACUGCUUCCUACCUGACCUUCCUCUUCCUGCUCUUCUUGGCCUCACAGCAUAUAGCCGCUGCACACCCGGAACAUCAAGGCCCAAAACCCACCACUGUGGAAUGGAUGAUCCUGCCCUGGGUGCUUGGUUUUAUAUGGACUGAGAUCAAGCAGAUGUGGGAUAGUGGUUUCCAAGACUACAUAGAUGACUGGUGGAACUUAAUGGACUUCAUAAUGAACUCCUUGUAUCUUGCAACUAUUUCUCUGAAAAUUGUUGCCUUUGCAAAGUACAGUGGGAACAAACCCAGAGACAGCUGGGAAAUGUGGCACCCGACUUUGGUUGCAGAGGCAUUGUUUGCCAUCGCCAACAUCUUCAGCUCCUUGCGCCUCAUCUGCCUUUUCACUGCCAACUCCCAUCUGGGCCCCUUACAGAUCUCACUGGGCCGCAUGCUCCUGGACAUCCUCAAGUUUCUCUUCAUCUAUUGUCUAGUGCUGUUAGCCUUUGCCAAUGGCCUCAACCAGCUCUACUUCUAUUAUGAAACCCAGGACAAUAAGUGCAAGGGUAUUCGCUGUGAAAAGCAAAACAACGCCUUUUCAACGCUGUUCGAGACACUGCAGUCAUUAUUUUGGUCUGUAUUUGGCCUGAUUUCCCUCUAUGUGACCAAUGUGGAACCAGGACAUGAAUUUACUGAGUUUGUGGGCUCUACCAUGUUUGGCACGUACAAUGUCAUCUCCCUGGUAGUGCUUCUGAACAUGCUUAUUGCAAUGAUGAACAACUCCUACCAGCACAUUGCUGAUCAUGCAGAUAUAGAAUGGAAAUUUGCAAGAACAAAAUUAUGGAUGAGCUAUUUUGAAGAAGGGGGAACUUUGCCAUCUCCAUUCAAUAUAAUACCAAGUCCAAAGUCAGUUUAUUAUUUAUUUGGAUGGAUAAAGACGCUGUUGUUUAAGAGAACAAGCAUAAUAAGGCUCGAAACCUUCGAAAGUUUGGGGAGACGUGCAGCCGAAAAUGUAAGAGUAAACCACGUGUAUCAGGAAGUUUUGAGGAACCUUGUUAAGCGGUAUGUGGCCGCAAUGAUCAGAGAUGCCAAGACAGAGGAAGGCCUGACAGAAGACAAUUUCAAGGAGUUAAAGCAAGAUAUCUCCAGCUUCCGCUACGAAGUCCUGGGAAUGAUGAAGGGGAACCCUCAAGGUGGUAACGUUGCAAGCUCCACCUUGGCUUACCCUGGAAACUCUUUCAAAUAUUCUCCCAAAUUCCCUAUUGAUGAGCCUCAACAGACGCUGAACGUGUUUGAUUUGACUGUCCCCACCCUGCAGAGGGGAGCUGCCUCCACCAGCUCUGGAUCCCUCCAGAGACAGGGCAGGCUCCCCUCUCAGAAAUGUGAUGAAAUAUACUCAUUGUCAGAGGAAGAUACGUUGGGAUCUGGUGGGCGAAACCAAAACCGACUUCAGACUGAGAAAGUAAUUGUGCAAGUCUUACAGAAAAUGGAGAAAGGACAUUCAGGAGAUUGAACAUUCUUGCAAUGAACACACUGAGGAAGUGAAAAAUGGGCCAAAGAAAUAUAAAAACGAAUGGUUAUCUGCAAGUGAGAAAUGUUAAUGAAACAUUCUUGUAUUGGAAUUUCAUUUCAUUUAUCUACCACUUGUUUAACAAUUUAUCAAAAUAAUCUAAUUCCCUCAAACUACAUUCAUAUUCAGUUAAUAAUCUUGUUUUCUGUAAUAUAUAGAGUAUAAUGGUAUAAUAAUAUGUUAUCUCACAUUAUAUCACAUGCAUUCACCUCUGAUUGAUAGAAGUUAGAAGAACAAUACUGAGUGAGGAUUGACCUCAGCAAGUGUUAACGUGACGCUCAGGGAAUUGUGAAGCAAGUAAAUAAUUCAUAUUUUACCUUGACAAUUAAUUCCAAAGAGCCCUGACACCCUGCUGCCUAUCCUAUCCUCUUGCACCUUGAACUGUCCUCUUGCUGUGAUAUGCAAAAGUAUCUUAAAUCUCUUUGUCUAUUAAAAAUAUAUACAUAUAUUACUCCUCA